CGUCUUUUGUCCACAGACAUCCAAGUCGGCUUGCUCAAGCCAGUCAGUUGUUUAAGUCACCGCCGCCUGCAUAAAUGUGCAUGUGAUUCCACAUUAAUCUCAAUCUCGUGUGCUGUGUGUACGUGUGUUUGGCCCUUAAGUGAUGGAUGUUAGUGCCGGACUGUAAUCAACCAGGCUGUGAUUCAUAAUCCGCGUGUUCGACAAAGGAUUUUUUCCCCAUUCGCCAAGUAACCUUCCGUAAAACUGGGGCAUAAGGACGCUAGUGGCACCAAAAUGGUGGACUACUACAAAGUCCUCGAGGUGUCAAAAAAUGCAACGACGGCAGAAAUCAAAAAAGCAUAUCGUAAAUUGGCUCUGAAAUGGCAUCCCGACAAGAACCAAGACAACAUAGAAGAAGCCACCAAGAAAUUCAAAGAGAUCUCAGAAGCAUACGAAGUUCUAUCUGAUGAUUCGAAACGAAAAAUUUACGACAACCGCAUGAAUAGGUCCAGUACUACAAGAACAUCGAGGUCCCACCGGAGUUACUUUGACACUCAUACUCCCUUCCAUCGGUUCUUCGACAAGAAGAGACGAAUGUACGACCAGUACGGUAAAGAAGGACUCAUCAAUGGAGGCAGUCGCAGCCGAAGUAGGCACGAAGACGACUUUGAUUUCGGAGGUUUCGGCUUUUUCACCUUCAGGGAUCCCGAAGACGUGUUCAGGGAGUUCUUCGGCGGAUCGACGCUGGCAGAUUUAUUCGGAGACGGUUUGUUUGCAGACUUUCACGACCAUGGAUAUAGAGACCGGCGGAGGAAUAGGCACUCGCACCCGCAGAACGCCCUCAGUUCGACUUUAUUCAGUCCGUUCGGGGUGAGUUUAGGGGGUAGUUUAAUGGACGACUUCUUCAAUGCGGGCCACGGGGGCUUCACGUCGUUUAGUACCAUUAAUAGUACGUUUACGAAGGGGGCUGGGGGCGGCUCUGCCAACGUCAAGCGCACGUCGACUUCGACGCGGUUCUCCAACGGGAAGAAGAUCACCACGAAGAAAGUGUACGAAAACGGAAGGGAGACGGUUAUGACGUACGAAAACGAUAUCCUCAAAUCCAAGACUGUGAACGGGGUUCCUCAAAGUUUGACGUACAGUUAAACACACUGGCACUAACAAAAUUUCACGAUUAUACAUUUAGAGGAAUCUAUUUGGAAGUUUUCAAUUAAUAUACAUGUGAUCUAUUUAAAUGUUGAGGUUUUAUGGCGCAAGUUCAGCCGUAAAUUGUCAGUGUGUGUAUUAAAGACUUCUUGCAACUGUUGAAAUUAUUUUUAUUCAGUUUUUUUAAUAAAAAUAUUAUAAUUCUGUUUUCAGAAUUUUUGCAGUAUCUUAAUUUUUAAUAAGAUGUAUGGUGACGUAAAAGUCUGCACUAAUCCAACGAUUUUUACGUUAUCUUAGUUAUUAAUUUAGGUUAGGUCAGUCUGUUGUUAGGUUAGGAAUUGACGAUGCUCGCAAGAGAGGUGCUCAGGAGAUGAGUUUUUGUUGUUAUGUUGGUAGUUUAGUUCGUAUUCCUCUCGUUUGAGCGAAAUUCCUGUUUUGUUUCGUUUUGCAAGACUGCUAAUUUUAUAUGAAGCUUUUUCAGAUGGAGGAAUUAACAGUAAAUGAAUUUUUGUAAUACGCGUUGAUUUUAAUUUAAUAUUAAUCUGUAUUUUUCGUUAGGUUUUUCACCCGCACUCGAGGUAUUUACUUGUGAAGUACACGGAGAAUUAUAAUAUUGAUGUGUGCUUAGAAAUGUACAGUCAUAGUCUGUGUUAGACAAAAAAAUAUAUAAAAUGACGUA